AAACAGAGGUGGUCAAUUCGAGAUAACUGAACAUAUAUAAUCUUCUGAUGUAUCAACACUUGACUUUUAGCAUAUACAUAAUUCUUUAUUUUUGUAAAAGUCUUUAGUUAGUAAAUUAUUCCUCAGAGAGGAGAAAAUAAUUCGGUUAGCAAUUAUUUCACUCAUUUGAAGUCAUAUAUUGUCUUCAUACAAUUAACAUGGCAAGAACUUUGUCUCUUCAACUGCUAGGAUUUGCACUAGGAUUCUGCAUUUUUGCGAAUGUCUGCGUAGCUCAGUAUCCAUCUCCAGGCAAAAUAUAUGCUAUUCAGACCACCAUGGACGGCGGUACAAUUAAGCCACAAGGAACAGGACAACUUUGUAACAGACUUGGGUCGAUUGGCUUUUCCUAUUUUCCACCAAAUCCAUACACGACCGAGUACAAAUGGCGUGUUGCUUCAGCGAACAAUGCCACUGGAACGAUUACAAUUCAUAGCUUGCUGGACGAGGCAUCUCCAACGAUGAAUCAAUUGACGUUGGACGAUGACCCCCCGUAUUGCAACCCAGUCGAGAGAGAGAUCACCUUAACCCAGCAUCCUUCAGGCCCCUUCAUCAUUCAGGAUGUCCGCAGUGGCAAAUGUUUGUAUUCAUAUGGAUCCGAGGUUGGAAUCGUAAUUUGGAGAGAUGACCCCUACACUCAAUAUUGGUUGUUUCAUGAAGUGGAAGAAUAGUAUGGCUGCUCACAUUCAUUAUUGUCUUCAAGCGCUAUACAUAGCAGAAUAAGUCUGAAAAUUGAAUCAUGUAACUUAUACAAUAUCAGUUUAUUUCAACAAGACGAUAUUUAUCAAUACAUGCGAUCAAGGUCAUA